UAAAAACCCCUAGUUUACCUAACACGUGACACCGUGAGGACCAAUGAAAACACAGAACAGCACCUUCGACCUGUGACGUCGCGUCCUGUAGCACAGAGCUGGGUAAAGAUGGCUGAGGUUGAUUUCGGGGAUAGUGAGCUCUUUGAGCAGCUCGAUGACUCCGCACCGACGGUACCGACGCAUAUUCGCUUCACCAGUGAUGAGGAAGAGCAGGGGGAGACGGGCCAGCUGCGGGGCCGCCUGGAGGAGUGUGAUGAAUACAUCCAGAGGCUCACAGAGGAGAAUAAAGGUUUGAGAAGAAAACUGAACAUCCUGACACGACCAAGCGGCAUCACAGUUGAAGAUGUCAACAUGGACGGGCCAGCUCUUCAAAUCCUUUAUACAAACAACAUUAUUUCAAAGCUGUGUCGUCAAGAAAUUGAAGAUUGCAUCUGCAGUGUGAUUUUGAAUCACCAGAAACCGAGCAAUGAAAAGAAAGACUCCAUCUAUCAAAUGAAACCUCAGAAUUCAGCUUUUGCUCUGGAUGAAGAUCCGCAGAAGUCCUCUACAAGUAGCGUAAGAACAACAACCGAAGCCUUUAAAGUGGUGGGAAGUGUCUUAUAUUUCACUACAUUCAGUGUUGAUAAACUUGGACAGCCUCUGGUGAAUGACAACCCCCAGCUGACAGACGGAUGGGAUGUUCCAACCUAUCAGCAGGUUUUCAACCAAGUUGUUGGCACAGAUGGACAGGAUGUAGAAAUGAAAGAGAGAAGACCCAAAGCAACGUGUUUCAACUGUGGUUUGAGUGGUCAUCAGCUGAGAGACUGUCCCAAGCCUAAAGACAUGGCUGCAAUUAAUGAGAGAAGAAAGGAGUUUAAUCAGAGCAGCAACCAGGGCAUGCAGAGUAACCAGCGAUAUCAUGCUGAUGAAGUGGAGGAGAGGUUUGCUAAAUACAAGCCUGGAGUCAUGAGUGAGGAGCUGUUGGAAGCGCUGGGAAUUGAUGGCACCACCCUCCCUCCUCUAAUUUAUCGCAUGAGGCAGCUCGGCUACCCACCGGGUUGGCUCAAAGAGGCAGAGAUGGAAAACUCUGGCAUAACGAUGUAUGAUGGGAAUGUUUCAAAUGAUGGUAAUAUAACCGGUAAUAUAACCGACAAUACCAGUUCGCAAAACAUCUCUUAUGAUGUUUCCAAACUGGUAGAUUUCCCAGGCUUCAAUGUACCUGCAUCACACCAAAUGAAAGAUGAGUUCAUGCAGUACGGUUCUAUUCCAAUGCAGACCAGCCACAUGAAGCAAAACUUUGCAGCCUACCUGUCCAACAACUUCCCUAUGCCUGGUGCCACCUGCAACAAGAGACGGCAUGAAUCUGAGUCAUCUCCACAGCAAAGGAAGAAGACGAGGUCCAGUCCUGAUCGGAACUCCUGCUCAGACAUGGAUAUUGAUUCAGACCCAGGAACACCUUAUCAUCCUGGCGCAAGUGACUUCCAGUUCCAACCUCCGCUGCCCCCUGGCUCCCCUUGCUUCAGUUCACCUCCUCCUUUACCCCAUGGCACUCCUCCUGCUACACCCACUCCCCCACCUCUCCCUAAAGGUACACCUCCUCCCACACCCACCAACGGCUCCCCGGCUCUGCGGGGGCGUAACUGGGUUGUCACUGAUGAGACUGUGGACGACACAGAGGAUGAAUUGUCAUUGGAGGAACUGGAGGAGCAGCAGAGGCUGAUUUGGGCAGCUCUGGAAAAUGCGGACACUGCCACUAAUAGUGAUUGUGAGACACCUGCAGUGGGAACACCUGCACCCAGUUCACCGAGUGUGUCCACACCUGCACCCAGUUCACCGAGUGCGUCCACACCUGCACCCAGUUCACCGAGUGUGUCCACACCUGCACCCAGUUCACCGAGUGUAUCCACACCUGCACCCAGUUCACCGAGUGUGUCCACACCUGCUCAUGUCGGCACAGAAACGGAGGUGGUUGAAGAGGUGAUGGACACAACGAAACCUGCAGAAACUUGCCAUACCAGCAAAAAUCAAAGGGAACCGGAGGUUCAAGAGAUUAGCUCUCAGAGUCCUGGUCCAGUUAAAUCCCAAGACGACAGCCCCCUGAGUCCUGGUCCAGUUAAAUCCCAGGACGACAGCCCGCUGAGUCCUGGUCCAGUUAAAUCCCAAGACGACAGCCCCCUGAUUCCUGGUCCAGUUAAAUCCCAUGAUGACAACCCGCAGAGCCCUGAUCCAGAUUUCUCUAAUGACGAGAGGAUAACAGCUGUUCCACAUCGGAGCAAGUUUGCAGCUGGCAUUGUUCCAUUUGAAGAUACACCAGAGUUCACUGAAGUUGCUGAAGCCACGGGGACAUACCUGAGGAUCAGAGACGUGCUUAAAAGUUCCCCUCGAAGUUUGGCAAAGAAAAAAUAAAAAUGGCUUCUGUCUUUAUGUGGAACACAAGGAAGGAUACAUGAAUAUUUUUUAAACAAAAACUUUUUCAUUUUCAUGACAUCCUAUCAAGCAUGUUUUUAGCUUUUUAUCAUUUUGUACCACGUUGAAUGUCUAUGCUGUAUAUACAUUUGAUCUGUAAACAUACAAUGAUGUCGGGGCAUUGAGGGAUGCUGCAACAGCAAUAGUUUGUAGGUUAUGAUCAAUUGGUCUCAGUUUUUUUGUAGCAGUUGUUACUCAUGCUAUUCAUUUUAUUGUAAAAUUUGUAAAAUGGUCAUUUCUUUUAUUUUAAAUGGCUUUUUCUAUUUUUGUCCAACUUGGAUUGCUCUAAAAUCAUUAAGUAAACAUGCUUUAACUUGCUUCAGUGUAUUAUUUCGUCUGGCAGCCAUGGCUAGAUGUGGGUUUGAUUUAAUUGGCCAAAUAUGUGAGCUAACAGUAUAUAGUUGAUUGUUAGCCAUCUUUAGUUGACCUUCUGUUGCCAUCAUUGUUGAUUUUGAUGAACAUUGCAAAUGAAAUUACAUAUACCAGUAAUUGAAACUGCACUACAACAACAAAUGUUUGUAUGACAUUAGAAAGCUUGGUCUACAUUUUGUCUGAAUUCAUUCUCUAUUCAUCAAAUAGAUUCAUAUCACAGCUGAAAUAAAGUUCAUUCUCCCCUUUCAAA